AUGGCCACACCUACAGCAUCCCCUUCUUCCCUCGCUGCGUCGGACGGUGCCGCGCAGAGGGAAUUCCACAAGGCGUCGAAGAAGUCGAUCACACAGGCGGUCGAAAAUGCGGUUAACAACCUGAUCGAGUCGGUCGAUUCCCACAAGAGCGAGGAUGGCAAGGUCUACAGCGCUCAGGACAAGGUCAACUUCGCCAAGGAUCUCAAAGAUUUCACCGGCGUCUUCAAUGCGUUCCUCAAGCAGCGCGGCCAGGUCAUCGAUUGGAAUCUGAUCAAGCCGCCCCCGAAGGGCAUGAUCGUUCCCUACGCCGAGCUUCCGACUGUCCCCGACGCAGAGAAGGGCAGCUACCUCGACAAGCUCGUCGUGCUCAAGCUCAACGGUGGCCUCGGUACCACCAUGGGCUGUGUCGGUCCCAAGUCGGCGAUCGAAGUGCACUCCAAGUACACCUUCCUCGAUCUCACUGUCCAGCAGAUUGAGUACCUGAACAAGAAGCACAACGCCAACGUGCCGCUCGUGCUCAUGAACUCGUUCAACACGCACAAGAUGACGCAGAAGAUCUUGCGCAAGUACCAGAACCACAAGCUCCAGAUCGAGACCUUCAACCAGAGCCGCUACCCGAGGAUCUUCAGGGAAACCCUUCUGCCCCUGCCCGACGACAUCAACGGCACCCUCGAGGAUUGGUAUCCUCCCGGCCACGGCGACGUCUUCCCCGCUCUCAUCAACUCUGGCCUCCUCGACAAGUUCCUCGCCGAGGGCAAGGAGUACAUCUUCAUCUCCAACGUUGACAACUUGGGCGCCACCGUCGACGUCAACAUUUUGAAGCACAUGGUGGAGACCAACAACGAGUUCAUAAUGGAGGUGACCGACAAGACCAGGGCCGACAUCAAGGGUGGUACCCUCAUCGACUACGAGGGCAAGCCCAAGCUGCUCGAGAUCGCCCAGGUGCCGGAGAACAAGGUCGACGAGUUCAAGUCCAUCAAGAAGUUCAAGAUCUUCAACACCAACAACUUGUGGAUCCGCCUCGACGCCAUCAAGCGCCUCAUCGACAGCAAGGUCCUCGAGGACAUGGACAUCAUCCAGAACCAGAAGUCCGUCAACGGUGCCAGCGUCAUCCAGCUCGAGCGCGCCGCCGGUGCUGCGAUGCAGUACUUCCAGCAGGCCCAGGGCGUCAACGUGCCGCGCUCGCGCUUCUUGCCCGUCAAGAGCUGCUCCGAUCUCUUCGUCGUGCAGUCCAACCUCUACUCCCUCUCCAACGGCUCCCUCGUCAUGAACCCCGCCAGGCAGUUCACCACCGUGCCCUUCGUCAAGCUCGGCGAGCACUUCAACAAGGUCGACCAGUACAAGAAGCGCUUCAAGGGCAUCCCCGACAUGCUGGAACUCGAUCACUUGACCGUCUCUGGCGACGUGACCUUUGGCGCGGGCGUUGCGCUGGCCGGCACUGUCAUCAUCGUGGCCAACCACGGCUCGCGGAUCGACAUUCCCGACGGCGCCGUUCUCGAGAACAAGGUGGUCUCUGGCAACCUCAGGAUCCUCGACCACUAA